AUGGCCGAUACCACUUGGAAAGAGCAUGGUUAUGACCAAUGGAAUUUGCCGGAUAGCGUUGGCCGAGUGGACGAGGCACUUUCUGUUGUAAACCAGGCAGCGCACGUGUUCAGUUACUGGAAUAACCACACCGAGCGCAUUAUAUCUGAUUCCCUUCGCGAUAUCACGGAUGAGUUGCGAUACUUUACUGGACGUGUCAAUGUGGUUGAUCCACAACGAAAUCUCGAGGACUUGGGCACGCGAAAUAUGGAGUUCGCGUUCUAUGUGGUCAAUGCCAGAAUGGAGCGAGUCGAGUCUUGGGUCCGACGCCGACUAAACGGUCUUUGGGACGUGUGGACGCAAGCCGAGCAAGCUGGACACCCGAACGCCGCACACGUUCUGAACUCGAUCAAUAAUAUAGUUGAAGAGAUUGACGAGGAGCCGGACACUUUCAUUACGGGAACGGAGACUUGGGAUAUCCCGUCUCCAUAG